AUGGCAGUGGUGGCAGUGCUGCCAACAACGGGACUGAAGCGAGGCUGGACAGCGGCAGUGUUGCCACCAGUGAAAACAACAAACACAAUGGAUACCACACUGACAACAACAACCAGCGAGGGUGCAGCAACGGUAACUGUGACGGUGCGUCCCAAGACGGUCAGGUCGACAGGAGAGAGCAAGCGGCCAGGGGAGGUGAACGGCAGGAGGAGCCAGCAGCCUGCGAGGAGCGGCGCGGCGCUCCACAGGGCCAAGUCCGCCGCCGCCCCCAACCCUGUAGAGAGCGGGGGCGGGUCUGCGGGCUCGCACGCCAGGAGCAAGUCGGCGGCGCCCGCCGGCAGUGCGAGGCUGGGAUCCGAGGACCAGUCCAACAGCCUGAGCUCCAUCAGGAUGGUCGCACGACGUGGGGUAUCCAGCAGUCCCAAGGACCGUGCAUCUCCUCCAGACCGCAACAAUAAUGUCAACAAUCACAGCAGGAACAACCCCACCGGUAAGAAGCCCACUCGGCACAGAAGUUCGCCCAACCUGCGAGUCGGCUGUACGGCCUGCAGCAGCGGCAGUGGAGGCGCUGGGGGUGGAGGAGCACUGCCACCCCCAGAGCCGUACAAGAUGGCCUUCAAGGCGGGGUCGCCGGAGUCCUCCUCUGGUGGUGGCGGCAGCAGCGCCGGGAGUGGUGGAGACAAGAAGACGUCUGUAUACAAAGUACCUCGGCCGCGUGCACCCUUUGCCAAGCGCUGCUACAGCAUUGACACGCUGACCCCACCCUUCUCACUGUGGCCUGGACAGCAAGGAGGCUACCCCGAACACUGGAGGCUGGCCUCCGUCUAUCAGCAUGCCUUCAAGCCCAUUGAGAUGCGUCGGAAACCGCUUCUCGCUUCAGUAUACCAGUAG